AUGGGUUUCAUAAGCGCGUCGCUUGAUGCGCUCGACGGAAGCGUAGCUGCAAAGAUUAUUUUGGUCGCUGGUUUACUACUUGCAUACCCAAUCACAAAUGUGAUUUACAAUCUCUACUUCCAUCCUCUCGCAGGUCGUUUUCCGGGACCAAAAUCAUGGCAGGCAUCACGACUGCCCUAUGUAUAUGCACUUAUAUCCGGAAACCUGAUGGCCAGAUUGAGCGAGUUUCAUGAGAAAUAUGGUCAUCAAGUACGACUGGCUCCGGAUGAAAUUUCUUUCUCUAAUGAGGACGCCUGGACUGAUAUUUACACAUUUCGUCGUGGUCACAAGAGGGCCAUUCGAGAUAAAGCUUACCUGGCAGCGCCGAAUAAUGAGGUCGAUAACAUCAUCACAACGACUGAUGCCAAAUUCCAUGCACGAGUUCGCGGUCUCCUUUCGCAUUCGUUCACAGACGAUGCGCUGCGGUCACAGUAUCCCAUCCUCGAGCGACACGCUGGUACCCUAGUCACUCAAUUAAAAUCUGUUGCUGCUUCGAGCCCCACUGCCACAGUCAAUAUAACGGACUGGGUCAAUUUCUUCACCAUGGACGUCAUCGGAGAUCUUGCUUUCGGAAAACCAUUUGGUUGUCUGGCCAGUGGCGACUACCACGAUUGGGUCCGCACUCUAUUUCACUAUCUCCAGUUCAUGAGUCUGGCCGUGGCUCCGGGGUUCUUUCCUUCCUUAAAGAUGGCAAUAGAAUGGAUGAUGCCGCGUAGCCUGAUGGAAGGCGUAUUGAAGCACCAAGCCCACGCAUACGAGCAGAUCAACCGGCGCCUCGAAAGCAAAACUUCGCGUCCAGACUUCAUGACACCUUUCCUCAGAAAGAACGGAAAUUUCGAAACCAUGUCAAGAAAGGAGAUUUUGGCAACAUUUAACUUCAUAAUAAUUGGUGGUAGUGAAACCAGCGCCACCGUCUUAACUGGAUUGUUUAGUCACAUUGCGCAUGACGAACGCAUUCGAGGGAAGAUCUGCAAGGAGAUCAGAAAUCGGUUCAAGACUGAAGAUGAUAUAGAUAUAGAAACACUCAAAGAACUUCCAUAUCUCGACGCAGUCAUACAAGAAGCCUUGCGGUUGUGCAAUCCCAUUCCUUGUGGCUUGCCUCGUGUAGUACCCGUGGGUGGAGACUUCUACUGUGGAAAUUAUCUCCCACCAGGCACACGAGUCACUGCACGCUCAUAUGUUAUGAAUCGCUCAUCGGAAUAUUUCGCUCGCCCAAAGGAGUUCGUACCUGAACGUUGGCUUCCUAUUGCAGAGCGCCCGACCGAGUUUGCAAAUGAUCAUCUGGAUGUUAGUCAUCCUUUUGCCGCCGGAUUCCACAAUUGCCUUGGGAAGCAGCUAGCAAUGACGGAACUAAGAAUUGUACUCACACGACUGCUAUGGACGUUUGAUAUCUGGGCAGAUGAGGCUUCGGCCAGGUUUGAAGAUUUCCGCAUUGUUUUGAUGGUACAAAAAGGUCCACUACAUCUACGAAUCAAGGUUCGAGACGACAUCAACACUGCUACAAUAUGA